AUGGGCACUGACACCGCCGUCGCUGUCACCAUGGCUGUCCCCGGUGUGACCUCGGCUAAUGUUGGUGGAUCGUCUUCUUCCUCGAGCCUGAACUACCACAGUGGCAAUACUAGCCCUGACUACCUAACCAACGUUCACCACGCUAAUGGAAGAGUUGGACGUGGGGAGGGGGGCGAGACAGGAGGUUCCACUUGCAGUUAUCCAUUUUAUAUGCCGUCCCCUGUUCUAGAAAGCGAGGAGGAAGAAGACGAAGAAUGUGACGUGAACAAAUACAACAAUGACUAA